AUGACUUCCGAGUCGACUAUGGCACAGCGCACUCCUGCCUUCCUCACGCUGCCGGCUGAACUGCGCAAUACCAUCUAUGCGCUUUUACUCACAGCUCCCACUCAUGUGAAGCAGUCGCGUCGCAUUGCAACACGGGGGCUAUGCUCAGACUACAUCCUACCACCACUCGAUCUAUGCCCAGCACUGUUGCGAACAUGUCGGCAGAUUCACGACGAAGCGGCAAGCAUCCUGUAUGGCGCGAAUCAAUUCGCAUCACACCCAUCGCUACUUACUGCACUGCCAUACCUCAUGAGCCCGCGGCAACCAAUCACAGAAGGUCCCGGCCGCUGGAAGAUAAAGCGGUGGUAUAUCUAUCUCAGGCUCGAUGUGGAUGCCAGAUUCAAUGCAGAGCAGCUCAAGCAAGCAUUUUCUGGUGCUGAAGAGUUGGUAAUUGAAUACUUUCAACCAGCCUACGGCUACGGAGACGACAGCACUUUGAAGCUAUUUGAAAACAUCAGGGGCGUUGGUCUUGCAAAAGUCAUUGGUGGUAGCGGCUGUGAUCCCGAAUACGCCAGAGCACUCGAAAGAAUGCUUAUGAGUCCAGUAGACGUUGUUCCAUCCUGA